AUGAGCAGAAAUCAACAACCUAUCGCUAUUAUUGGAGUUGGUUGCAAGUUCCCAGGAGACAUCACCAACAUUGAUGAGUUCUGGAAUGUUGUUGCCAAUGGAGGAGACUGUUUGACAAGGAUACCUGCCGAUCGCUGGGAUGCCGACGCCAUUGCACAGAAGGAGUUCAAGCUCAACAACAGACAAGGUGGAUUCAUUUCCGAUCUUGACAAGUUCGAUCCACAAUUCUUUGGCAUGUCUCCCAAGGAAGCCGCUCAGAUCGAUCCACAACAGAGACUAAUUCUUCAAGUCGCUAUGGAAGCAUUGGAGGAUGCAAAGUUGUCUUUUAAACAAGUAAAGGGCACUUCUGCUGGUGUGUUCAUUGGUUCUAGCUCAUCAGACUAUCAGAGAACGAUGGGUCAGACUGAGAUCAACCAGUUCUCAACACAGGGAUGCAACUCUUCAUUCCUUUCUAACCGUCUGUCCUACUUCUUGGACAUUGCCGGCCCAAGCAUGACUGUCAACACUGCUUGCUCUUCAUCGCUCGUCGCCAUUCAUCUGGGCGCCAACAGCAUCUGGCGCGAUGAGUGCAAGGUUGCCAUCGUCGGAGGUGUCAACGUCGUUGCCUCACCCUUACAAUCGCUCGACUAUGGCAAGGCUGGUCUGCUCUCGACUGAGCCCAACGGACGCUGCUACAGUUUCGACGACCGCGCUAGCGGAUACGUUCGCGCUGAAGGUGCUGGUGUUCUCAUCCUAAAGAACCUCACCGAUGCCAUCAGAGACAAGGACGAGAUCUACUCUGUCAUCCUCAACACUGUUACCAAUCAAAAUGGUCAGACACCAAGUGGUAUCACUGCCCCACGUGCUAUCCAACAGGAGGCUUUGUUGUGCCGUCUGCUCGAUGGCGCCAACGUCCUGCCAAAUGAGAUUGGCUACUUUGAGUGCCACGGCACUGGCACCCAGAUGGGUGAUGCCAACGAGCUUGAGGCCAUCGGUAUGUCGAUUGGCGCUCACCGCGAGACACCCCUGCCCAUUGGCAGUGUCAAGUCCAACCUUGGACAUUUGGAGGGUGCCUCUGGCAUCUGUGGUCUCAUCAAGACCAUGGCCUGCUUGAAGCACAAGCUGAUCGCCCCAAUCGCUCCAGCCGGCUUCAAGAACCUCAACCCCAAGAUCCCAUUCGACACUCUCAACCUCUCAGUGCCAACCGCUGUCACUGCCUGGGCUGACGAGCGUCGCUUGGCCAUCGUCAACUCAUUCGGUGUUGGUGGUUCAAACGCCAGCAUCCUGAUCUCCAACUACAUGCCCAAGACAUCGAGCGACUCGUCCGAUGGAGAGGAGGCCGCUGUCACUUCAUCCAAGCAUCUCGAGGUGUUCACCGUCUCGACCAACCUCAACGAUCAGCACGCCCUCAAGCAGCGUUGCCAGGAUAUGGUUGACUUUAUCGAGGAGAGUGGCGAGAAGCACUCAAUCAAGGAUCUGUGCUACUCAUCGACUGUGCGCACCAACCAUCUGGCUAACCGUGUGUCCUUCCUUGUGGACUCAGUCGAUGACCUGGUCGCCAAGUUGAAGAACUUUGUCGGUGAUGCCAACUCUGAGGAUGUGUCCAACACUUUCCAGCGUGAUGACAAUGCCGCCAACACAUUCGACAAGAAGAAGAUCGCCUUUGUCUGCUCCGGCCAGGGCCAGCAAUGGAUCUCCAUGGGCAAGGAGCUGUUUGAGGGUAACUUCAUCUUCCGCAACGAGUUCAAGAAGUGCUCCAGCCUGUUCCACGCUCUGUCUGGCUGGUCGAUCAUCGACAAGCUGUUUGACCCACGCAACACUGAGGCCAUCCACGACACCUGGUUGGCCCAGCCAUCAAUCUUUGCCACUCAGGUCGGUAUCUGUGCCGUGCUCAAGGCUGCUGGCGUUCGCCCAGCCUCUGUUAUUGGUCACUCACUUGGUGAGGUCGUCGCUGCCCACGUCGCUGGCGUUCUCUCACUCGAGGACUCGAUCAAGUUGAUGUGGACUCGCUCCCACCUCCAGAACAAGACCACUGGCACUGGCAAGAUGUGCAUCACCGUCUCAUCCAAGGAGGACAUCCUUGCCCUGGUCGACAAGUACGGCCUCACUGGCAAGAUCGUCAUCGCUGGCAACAACUCUUCAAAGUCUGUUGGCAUCAGUGGCAGCAACGCCUACAUGGACUCGUUCAUGAGCAUCAUGAAGGACGAGCACGUGGCCUUCAAGCCCAUCAGGAUCAAUGCAGGUUUCCACUCAUACUUGAUGGACACAAUCAAGGACGAGUUCUACAGCACCUUCCCACGCAUCACUCACAACGAGCCUUUGGUACCAUUCUACUCCACCACUCUGGGCAAGCUGAUCGAUGCCAACAACUACAAGCAUCUGCUCAACGUCGACUACUGGUGGUCGAACCUUCGCGAGACCGUCAUGUUCAAGGAGGCCCUGUCUGAGCUGGUGCGUCUCGAGGAGUUUGACUGCUACAUCGAGGUGUCUGCACACCCAAUCAUCUCGUUCUUUGUCAACCACAUGAUCAGGGAGCGCAGCAGCAACCACAUCAUCUUCCCAACAAUGUCGCGUGAUGCACCAAACUUCACCACGAUCAUGGAGACCCUGUCCAAGCUCUACGUCAACGGCUUUGACAUCAACUGGGAGGCUUUGUACCGUCGUCGCGUGCACACUGCCAUCCGCUUGCCAGCUCGUCGUUGGAACCUCGACUCUUACUGGAUCGAAUCCAACCAAUCUAUUCAGGACCGUGUCGGUCUCCCCAAGCGUGCUUCUCUCUCGCGUCGCCUCGUCUCGGCCACCCCAUCCUUUGAGGUCAGCCUUGACUCGACCCGCUUCCGUUACUUGGCCGACCACAAGAUCCAGAACGUUGCCAUCGUACCAUACGCCUUCUUCCUUGAGGUCGUCUACUCUGCAAUGGAUGAGCUGCGCGCCGAGCUGCCCUCACCAAACUUUGAGGUGUCCAACUUUGAGAUCAAGACCGCUCUCGAGAUCGACGCCAAGUUCAACAACACCAUCCAGAUCAACUUCAACUCAUCGCUCACUCAGUUUGAGAUUGCCAGUAUCUCUGACCCCACUACUGUGCCAGUCAAGUGGACCGUGCAUGCCAACGGAAAGGUCGUGCCCUCAGCCAACGAGACCCUUCCAGCCUUUGCUGUUCCCUCCACCAGCGGCCAAAAGGUCGUCUCUGGCGCAGACUUCUACGCCAACAUUUCUAAACUGGGCUACAACUACGGCCCAAGCUUCCAGGGUCUUCAGAAGUACAUCGCCAUCGACAACCACAGCCAAGUGUCUGAGAUCCAGCUGCCUGCCACCACCGAUCUCCAGCUCCACGCCACCCAGGACUUUGCCCUGUUGCAUCCAUCAGUAUUGGACGCUGUGUUCCAAUCAUGCUUUGCUCCAAUUGAGGAUGCCAAGCAAGGUCUCUGGAUCCCUCAGUCGUUCGACAAGUUGAUCAGCAGCACCCCACAGCAGGUCGGUGACUUGCGUGCCACCCUCUACUCUUGCACCACAAUCACCAAUCACAAGGACAAAACCACAUUCGUCUGUGACAUCACUGUCACCAAGCAGAAUGGACAAGUCGUGUGCCAGUUCAAGAACAUGACCAUGAAGUGCAUUGCCAGAAGUGCAUCAACCGGUGCAGUCGACGCCGUCGAGUCUGUCGCCAAGCUGAACGAGCAGCUCUACAGCUAUGAGUGGUCCAUCACCAGCGAGGGCCAAAUCGUCAAGGAUGCUCGCUUCGAGAACCUCAUCGUCUUCACCGACGACGAGUCAUCCGAGCUCACCAAGCAGCUCUUGGACACUCUCAACAAGAAGGUCAUCAACCUCGUCAUUGUCAAGCAGACCGAGGAGUCCUUCGCCGUGUCCUCUGCUGGAGGCGCCCACAUCAUCAAUCUCCCCCUCAACGACAACUGUCCAAAGGCCCUGUUCGCCGCGCUCAACAGCGUCGUAAACACCAAGAACUGGAACACAAUCGUGUUGCCAGGCUUCUUCCAAUCUAACAAUGCCACCAACGAGACUACUAUGUUGGUUGAGCGCGCCUACUCGCGUCUCUUGCUGCUCCUCCAGGAGGCCAUCGCCUGUGAGUGGACUGGUCGCUUCACCCUGGUCACCCAGGGCGGCCAGAGCAUCCUCAAGUCAGACGUGUUGGACUACACUCAAUACUCUGUGGUCGGCCUGUUGCGUGUGUUCACCAACGAGUACAGCCCACUGCACUGCUCAAUGAUCGACAUUGAUCACACCACCGACGCCUCCACCCUGUUUGUCGAGCUCUCCAAGUCUGACUGCAGCUGGGAGGUUGCCUUCAGAGCCGGCAAACGCUACACCUACCAGCUCAAGAACCAGACCGUCCUGGCUGAGGACGCUCCAAGCAUCUCAUCAAACAACCGAAGUGAGCGUCGCUACCAGGUUGAGAUCAGUGACAAUGGUGUCAUCUCGGACAUGGCCAUCGUCGAGACCCCAAGACACAAGCCACGCGCCAACGAGGUUGAGGUCAAGGUCGAGAUCACCUCCCUCAACUUUAGAGAUAUCCUUAAGACUUUGGGCCGCGACUACGAUCCCAACCAUCUCACCACAAUCGGAGAUGAGUUUGCUGGUGUCAUCACUGCCGUCGGUGACAACGUCUCGCAGUUCCAGGUUGGCGAUCAAGUGUUUGGUAUGCACAUGGCCCGCUCAAUGUGCUCGCACAUCACCUGUCCCACCGACUUGGUCUUCCCAAUGCCAAAGGGCCUGACCGCCGCCGAGGCCACCACCAUCCCAAUCACCUUCCUCACCGCCUGGUACUCCAUCGUCGUGCAGGCCAAGCUCCAGAAGGGCGAGAAGAUCCUCAUUCACUCUGCCGCUGGAGGUGUUGGUCUCUCUGCCGUGCAGAUUGCUCAGUACCUGGGCGCCGAGGUCUUUGUCACAGUCGGCACCAAGGACAAGAGACAGUACUUGCAAUCCACCGUUGGCAUCCCAGCCGACCACAUCUACAACUCUCGCAAUGGCAGCUUCCUCGAGGAGAUCCUCGCCGCCACCAACGGACAAGGUGUGGACGUUGUUCUCAACUCUCUCUCUGGCGAGCUCAUCGACAAGAGCAUCUUGGCACUUGCCAACUAUGGUCGCUUCGUCGAGAUUGGCAAGAAGGACAUCUACUCAGACUCAAAGAUUGGACUGCUGCCCUUCAGGAACAACCUGUCCUACCUCGCUGUUGACGUCGCACAGAUGACCGUCAACCGUCGCCAGUACCUCUCCAAGAUGAUGCUGGACACACUGAUCCCAUUGUUUGAGUCAAAGGACCUCAAGCCACUGCCAUUCACAGCAUUCAGCAUCAGCAACGUCGUGCAGUCUGUGCGCCACAUGUCCACUGGCAACCACAUUGGCAAGAACUUGGUCAGCUGGGUCGAGCUUGACAAGGCCACCACCAAGGACCUCACCCUCCAGCUCAACGCCAAUGCCACCUACCUGAUCACCGGUCUGGGAGGUCUUGCCAUGACUUUGGCCAAGAAGCUGAUCGCCAUGGGAGCUACCGAGCUCGUCUUUGCCUCCAAGCGCGGCGCUGACACCAUGCAGAAGCAGGUGUUCCUUCAGUCGAUCGUUGAGAAGCACAACAUCAGCUUCGUUGUCGAGACUUGCGAUCUGACCAGCGCCAGCCAGGUCAGCGCACUUGUGUCCAAGUACGCCAACCUCAAGGGUAUCUUCCACACUGCCGGUCUGCUCAGCGAUCGUCGCAUCGUCGAGCAAACUGUAGACAGCUUCAACACAGCCUUCCACUCCAAAGCCACCAGUGCCAUCAACCUGCACAACGCCUCGCUCAACCUCCAGCUGGACUACUUUGUCACAAUUGGAUCGGCCAUCACUGCCCUUGGAAACCCAGGACAGGCCAAUUACGCUACUGGCAACAGAUUCGUUGAGGCACUCACUCAUCAGCGUAUCAACAGUGGACUCAAGGCCAGCUGUCUCCAUCUGGCACCAAUCCCUGAGAUUGGUAUGUCUGCUGACGAGAAGGUCACUUUCAUUCUCAGCAACAUGGGCUUCACACCAUACGCCAGCCUCAACUCAAUGGCUGAGGGACUGGCUCAGUGUCUCAGCAACAAGAGCAAGGAGUCAGUGAUCCACUACUGCGACUUCAAGUUUGCCAAGUGGCUCGCAUCCGUUCCAGGCUUCAGAGGUCAGAGCUGCUUCAGCAUUGAGGAGACUGUUGACAUUGUCGCCGAGGACAAUGAGACUGUUGGUGCUGACGCCUCCGAGUCAUCGGACCAAUCAUCCGCCGACAUUGAGCAAUCACUCAAGGAGAUCCUGUCCAACAUCAUGGAGAUCAAGAUUGAGAAGAUCGAUGCCAACUCUGCCUUUAAGGACCUUGGUCUGGAUUCAUUGCUCGCUUCCGAGCUCUCCAACUCGAUCCACAAGAAGUUCAGCGUCUUUGUUCCAUCGCUCUCACUUCUCGAUCCCAAGGCCUCGAUCAGCAAGAUCAUCAGCAAGAUCAACCCAUCUGCAGGUCCAUCUGCCAAGAAGACUGCCGAGGACUACGAGAGCGAGGUGAUCAAGGCCACCAUCGAGUCAAUCAAGCCAAGAAACAGAUUGGCCGACCAGAAGAAGGCCGUUGCCAAUGCCCUUUUGCCAAAGGUCGACACCAUCUCGCUGGCCGUGCCAACAGUCCGCGUCAACAAGGCCAAGGUGAUCGUGGAGAAGCAACAGAUUGCCCCACCAUCCUACUUCACUCCCCUCAGCUCAGCUGCCACCACACCAGUCUCUCCACUGUCCCCACGCGGCAACUCCCCAACCAAGACCAUCUCCAUGCCACCAUCGCCCAAGUCGGAUUCGGCCAAGCCAAUGCUUCCCGCCGUCGAUCUCACUCCUGCCGACUUUGCCACUGCUAUCUACGCCAUUGAGCCACUCUCUGCUCCAUAUCCAACCACUCAGAAGCACGUGUUUGACUCAUACAAGGACCACACUAAGGAGUUGACCUUCAUGACCAACGUCUACAAGAACUGCAAGAUCAAGGAGCGCUACAUGUUUGUUGACACCAAGGACCACAUGACUCUCAACGCCAUGUCCACUUCCGAGAAGAACAUGAUGUUCCCAACUAUCAUCCACAAGACCAUCGUGGAGGCUGGUGAGCGCAUCAUCCAGAAGAACAACGUCGACCGAUCAUUGAUCUCACAUGUUGUCGGUGUCACAUCCACUGGUAUCCUUGCACCAUCAAUCGAUGCCACUCUCUGUCGCGCACUCAACCUUGAGCAGACAGUUGGCAGAACAAUGAUCAACUUUAUGGGCUGUGGUGCUGCAGUCAUUGCCCUUAGAACAGCUGCCGUCCACGCCAGAAACAGACCAGGUACCUACGUUCUUGUGAUGGCCGUCGAGUCGUCCACCACCAACAUGGACAUUGAUCCCAACGAGAAGGGUGACAUUGUCUCUGGCUGCAUCUUCUCCGAUGGUUGUGCCGCUGCAUUGGUCACAUGCCAGCCAAAGGCCAACCUCGUUGGCAAGCUUCAGGUGGUCGACGACAUCUCUUUCCUCAUGAAGGACUCUGGAGACGCACUCUUCAUGCACAUGGGCAACAGAGGUAUCGAUCUUACUCUCAGACCAACACUCUCAACUGCCAUCGAGAAGAGCAUCAAGUCCACCAUGGACUCAUUCUUGGGUGGUCACGAGCUGGAAGUCAGCGACAUGGAGUUCUGGGCUGUCCAUCCAGGUGGACGUAAGAUCUUGGAGGCCGUGCACCAGGGUCUCAACUUGGGUGCCGAGGAGUUGGCUGAGUCAUACGAGGUGAUGAAGUGGUACGGAAACAUGGUGUCGUGCUCUGCACUCUACGUACUCAAGCGUAUCCUCGAGAAGAUCAAGGUACUCAAGAUCGAGAAUGGAAAGGGAUUGCAACAAGGUGUAGUCAUGGCAUUCAGUCCAGGUGCUUCCAUCGAAGCAAUGUUGCUCAGAAUGAUCAAUGCCGAAUAA